CUAUUGGAUUUCAAUAUAAAAUUCUCCGAAUAUAUGACGGAAGAUGACCCCUUUUACCCCUCGGGCCAUAUACUCCGCUCUUAUGGGCCUAUAUAACACAUUGCCUCGCUCUCGCUGAGUUGAUGAUCAUAGGAGAAAGGAAAAUCAUCGAAACAGAUCUACGAGACUAACUAACCAUGAAGUCAGCACUCCUGCUCCUCCUUGCGCCGAUCGCGGCCCUAGCGGCUCCCGCCGAGCUGUCUGAGAGACAAGCCUCGGAGAGCAUCAACACUCUGAUCCAGGCCAAGGGAAAGAAAUACUACGGCACCUGUGCCGACCAGAACCGACUAACCACGGGCAAAUCAGCGGCCGUGAUCCAGGCUGACUUCGGACAAGUCACACCGGAGAACAGCAUGAAGUGGGAUGCGACCGAGCCUAGCCGCGGACAAUUCAACUUCGCUGGAGCCGACUAUCUCGUCAACUGGGCUACCCAGAAUGGCAAGAUGAUCCGAGGCCACACUCUCUGCUGGCACUCACAGCUGCCGGGAUGGGUCAGCCAGAUCCGGGACAAGGCGACGCUUACCAGUGUCCUCGAGAACCACGUCACGACGCUCGUGACGCGAUAUAAGGGAAAGAUCUACGCCUGGGAUGUCGUAAACGAGAUCUUCAACGAAGACGGGUCUCUCCGCCAGUCCGUGUUCUCGCAGGUACUCGGCGAGGACUUUGUCCGCAUCGCCUUCGAGGCUGCGCGCAAGGCAGACCCCGAUGCCAAGCUCUAUAUCAACGACUACAAUCUCGACCAGCCCAACUACGCCAAGGUGACGACUGGUAUGAUCAACCACGUCAAGAAGUGGAUCGCUGCCGGCGUCCCCAUCGACGGUAUCGGAUCCCAGGCUCAUCUUGGCUCUGGAUUGGCCUCUCAAGCUGGAGCCACCAUCAAGGCACUGGCCGCCACCGGCGUCAGCGAGGUAGCCAUCACAGAGCUGGACAUCGUCAACGCGCCUGCCAACGACUACGUCGCCGUGACCCAGGCCUGUCUCAACGAGCCCAAGUGCGUCGGUAUCACCGUGUGGGGUGUCCGCGACCCUGACUCAUGGAGAGCUCAAAACAAUCCUCUGCUCUUCGACUCCAACUUCAGCCCCAAGAGCGCGUACAACGCCAUCGUGAACACUUUGAAAUAAGCACAUCAACUAGGAGGAGAGCAACUCAAACUCAGAAAAGCUUUGCUUGGGUGCAAAUACGGGCACUGUCUUAGGCAGUUUGGUUGCGUACCAUGCCUGGGACUUUCGAGUCCCGUCACAUGUUUUGUACAUAUUCGUCCUAAACAGAAAGUAAAU